UGACAGGGAAGGGGAUGCUGUAAAGAGGAGGAUAUAUUGUAAUGAGCUGAUUAUUACAAGGAAAGCUCUCAGUGCAGCCGGCUUCACCUUCCAGAUUCUAGAACACCGGUUUAAAGAUGGCAGAUACAUUCAAGAUUGAAAGUCCCAGUGUGCAAUAUUUGAAGGAUGUGAUAGAAGCUGACUACAACUAUCAAACUACACAGGUCUACGAGGAGAAUGGGGUAACCAAGGUCAAACCAUGUUCCACCAAAUUCACUUUCCGGACAGAACGUAAAAUACCCAAGCUGGGUGUAAUGCUUGUCGGCUGGGGUGGAAACAAUGGCACUACAGUCACGGCCGCUGUGCUGGCCAACAAAAUAGGGCUCUCAUGGAUGACCAAGACCGGGAAGAAAACUGCCAAUUACUUUGGCUCAGUAUUCCAGUCCUCCACAGUUUGUCUGGGCACUGGUCCUGCUGGGGAUGUAUAUAUUCCUUUCCGAGACCUUCUUCCAAUGGUUCAUCCUAAUGACAUAGUAUUCGAUGGUUGGGAUAUUUCAUCCCUAAACCUGGCAGAUGCAAUGAGCCGGGCAGAGGUUCUAGACUGGCAGCUCCAGGAGCAACUGAGACCUUUUAUGGAGAAGAUGAAGCCAAGACCUUCAAUCUACACACCAGAUUUUAUUGCGGCCAAUCAGGAGGGCAGAGCCGACCAUGUUAUUCAUGGGACCAAAGCAGAACAGAUUCAAAAGAUUCGUGAAGAUAUUCAGGAUUUCAAGAGAACCAGUGGUGUAGACAAAGUUAUCGUGCUGUGGACUGCGAACACAGAACGCUUCUGUGAUGUGAUUACUGGAGUUAAUGACACGGCAGAUAACUUACUUAAAGCUAUUGAGCGUGGUCUUGAGGUCUCUCCGUCCACGAUGUUUGCAGUUGCUAGUAUUCUGGAGGGGUGUGCUUACAUCAAUGGAUCACCACAGAACACUUUUGUUCCUGGGGCAAUUGAGCUGGCCAUAAGACACAAGGUGUUCAUUGGUGGAGAUGACUUUAAAUCUGGUCAGACCAAGAUUAAAUCUGUACUUGUGGAUUUCCUUAUCAGUGCAGGACUAAAGACUGUCUCAAUUGUGAGUUAUAACCAUUUGGGUAACAACGAUGGUAAGAACCUCUCUGCACCCCAGCAGUUUCGCUCCAAGGAAAUCUCCAAGAGCAAUGUUGUGGAUGAUAUGGUUGAGUCAAAUGCCAUUCUGUAUGGACCCAAUGAAAAACCAGACCACUGUGUGGUGAUAAAAUAUGUUCCUUAUGUGGGAGACAGCAAACGAGCAUUGGAUGAAUAUACAUCAGAAAUAAUGAUGGGAGGAACAAACACAAUUGUCAUUCACAACACAUGUGAGGACUCCCUGCUUGCCAGCCCCAUUAUUUUGGACCUUGUGAUACUUACUGAAAUUUGCCAGAGGAUUACCUUCUGCACCGAGGCAGACCAGGAAUUCCAGACUUUCCACAGUGUCUUGUCCAUUCUCAGCUUCCUCUGCAAAGCACCUCUUGUUCCAGACGGAACUCCAGUAGUCAAUGCACUUUUCAGACAAAGGAACUGCAUUGAGAACAUCUUCAGAGCAUGCUUGGGUCUUUCUCCUCAAAACCACAUGAUGUUGGAACACAAGAUGCAGAAAAGCUUUAUGAAUCUGAAACGACCUAACCCAGUUUUUGUACCAUGUCCCAUCUCCAUUAAGAAAGGGACCAGUCAACUCAAUGGCUUCCAUUCGGAGAGCACCACCAAUGGCCAUUCUAAUGGAUUACAGAAGGCUGCAACCAGCAGUGACACUGAGAUAGAGAAUUAGAGAAGGUGUAGACAAAAUUCCAUCUUACUGUUAGAAUCUACUGGACCAUCUGUUAGAGAACUAAGCUGCUUAGACUUUUGGAAUCCACAUUACUAGGAACUUCAUACUGUGUGCUGUAUAUAACAUUUUCAAGGACUGGGAGUUUCACUCUGUGCUCCCUGGGUGUUUGGUUACCUCAGAGCUCAAUAAAGUGAACCUUUGGAAACCUAUGUCAUGUUCCAUGUCAUGUUCCAUGUCAUGCUGGAACAUAUUUGGUAAUUUUAUUAAUUCAAAUUCUAAUAUAUAAACCUUGUUUCCUUUAAAAUAAACACUAUUAAAAUAAAUCCCAUCAACAUAUGUUUUAAA